AUGGGCGCGCGUCGCAAGACCGUCGCCUUCAGCUUCCUCGGUGUCGGCGCCCCCGAGGCGAUCCUGGUCGCGGUCGUGGCGCUGGUGGUGUUUGGCCCCAAGGGGCUGGCGGACGCAGCCAAGUCUGUGGGGCAGGCGCUGCGCGCGUUCCAGCCGACGAUCAGGGAGGUGGUGGAGGUGUCCCAGGACCUGAAGGGCACAUUGGAGAAG